AUGUCGGUCCGUAUCUUCCUCGACAGGCCGCAUGCAUACUUUACAAACCUCGACUACAUCACUGGCAAAGCGGUGCUGGCUCUCUCGACCGAAACCCCCAUAACUUCCAUCGUCGUGAAACUAGAGGGGGAGAGUCGCACUCGCCUAGCUUCAGCAAAGUAUCCGCAUAACGAACGAUCAGACAAGAAGCGAACCGAGAUUGAAUUGCACAAGUCUUUCCCUCGCCAGAGGUACUGGAACAUGCCUCGCCUAAUGUAUUCUAUACCCUAUCGCCAGGCGUGUACGAGUAUCCUUUUCGGUUCAGGUUCCCGUUUAACAACGAUUUUUGCGGACUUCAAAUUCCUUCCCAUUGAACCACCAAGGAAGAAGGAAGUUGAUAAGGAAUCAUAUGCAAGACGAGAACAUCAGUUUAAGACUAGACUACCACAUUCACCCCAGGAAAAAAAGGGUCUGUUUAAAGGUAGCUCUGAGAACGAUUUACCUCCUCGCUUCUCCGUCGAUGCACGGCUGCCUAGCCCUCCAAUACUAACCUGCAACGAGCCACUCCCGCUCCGAAUAUUGAUUAAAAAACUCAAUGACAGCAAUGAAACCGUUCACCUGCAACUUCUCCAGCUAGAACUUAUAUCCUACACUCAUGUUCGUGCUCAGGAUCUUACUCGCACUGAAAGCGGAAGCUGGGUCAUCGUCACUCGAAGUAAUAUUGGCAUGCCUUUGGGCAAUGGUAGUGAGAGAGCAGGUAAGGAGUGGAAAAUGGAUGCAGAAAUGUGGAAUCGUAUACCUCUACCUAACUCCGUCUCACCAUCGUUUGAGACGUGUAACCUGUCAAGGGCAUAUGAGCUUGAGAUAAGGGUCGGACUGGCUUAUGGGCCUGUUGGGUCGAAGCAAGACCUAAUCGUCCUUCCGCUACGUAUGGCUGUUCAGGUAUUCUCUGGCAUCGCCCCGCCUCAAGCUCUACUAGACGCAAUGGACGGCCAACCAUCAAAGAGGCCUAUUCCUGCUCCUGUACAGGGUCCUGGUUUCGGCUUCGGUCCUGGUCCUGGUCCUGGUCCUGGCCCUGGCCACCUACCACCCAGCCAGCCUAUGCCAGGUCCGGGCCCGGGUCCUAGCCCCGGCGUGAUAAACCCGGAUAUACCACCUCCCCAACCCCCACGCCCAGGUCCAGCAAACCACCCCAUGCUGACAGAAGAUUAUGAAGAAGCUCCCCCGCCCAGUUACGAGGAUGCGAUGGCGGAUGCUCUUGCGCCAGUGGAUGGCCCGAGGCGCGAGUAUAACCCACUUGCCGCAUCACAACGCUCUUCAUCAUGGACUGCAACUGAUCCAAUAUCUUCAGUAUCCCCAGGUAACCCCAGAAGCAACAGCUUCGGCCCCUAUGGUCCCGGUGGUUACGAUAUAGAUUCAAAGAGUGACGAACGAUUAUUCCCCAGCGAAGCCGGAUCGCAGUCCCCAACGUUUGCGUUUACCAGUAUUCCGCCCGUGACGAACGGCCAUGACGGUCGAGACAGAUGGAUUAGAGCACAUCGACACCCGGAUGCAGAAGCAGACACGAGAGUUUCGACACUACCAGAUCCCUGGGCAGCAGGAUGGUGUAUCGGAGUCCCCAACGACGUUAACGACAGAUCUACCUUCUCUACCAUCUUCGUCGGUCUCACUACCUUUAGAAAGGCCACCUCCACAGCCGAGGAGAACGGCCCCGCCCCUACCGAAUCUCGGUAUACCGGCCAGAAAACCGGUCCCGGCGCCGAAAAGGGUCAACACUUAGACUUGAAAAGUCUUUGCCUUUGGACUACUCAAGUAAUUCUAGCACCCGGCGAGAUGUAG